AUGGCUAUACGGACGUGGCAGAGCCGCAUGCCCCGGGGCUUGUCUCCAGAAGCGCUGCGCGACUUCCUUCGCGUGAAUUGGCACUUGGGAUUCACAUCGUUUGGCGGCCCGCCCGCGCAUUUCAAGAUUUUUCGCGACAAGUUUGUGCGUAAGGAGCAAUGGAUCGACGAGCAAUUUUAUCAAGAGCUGUUCAGCGUCGCGCAGGCCCUUUCCGGACCGGCCAGCACGAAGAUGCUCUACUGUAUUAAUCUUGUCCACCAAGGCACCCUCAUAGCGAUUCUUGGCUUUAUCAUGUGGAGGUAUGCAUCUCACCCAGGGCUAUGUUACCGAGUCUUGUCCUCUCUGUUUGUGUUGGAGUGUGUUGCUCACGAGAUAUGCAGCUUGCCGGGCGCCUUGGCCAUGUUCGGUUUGUCCCUCGGCGUCGCCAACAUCAACCAGAGUCUUCCCGGGAUCGUCUAUGCCCUUUUGUCGGGCAUCAACGCGGCGGUCGUCGGCGUGAUUGCCCUCGCCACCGUCGAACUGGCGGCCAAGGCCAUCACCGACGAGCUCACCCGGCUGCUCGUGUUCUUCACGGCUUCGGCGGGGACGCUGUACAAUGCCCUGUGGUACUUUCCCGUUCUCAUGAUUGCCUCCGGAUUGGCAACGUUGACAUACGACCUUCGCUGGCUGCACAAGCCCGUCAAGGCCAUCGUGCGCAUGGCGACGUUUUGGCGGCGGCGCGACGACGAAGCACGGCCCGAGCCCGAGACGGGAGCGACGGAACUGGGUGAGGCUCAGAAUCAGAGGCAGAGUCAGAAUCAGAGUCCGAACGAGCCGCCGGCAAACACUCCGUCUGCUGGAGGCGGCGACGACUCCAUCACCGCCAGCCCAUCGCCGCAGGCGACACAGCGGAGCGGAUCGCAGCCGGCCCUGCUGGCCUCGACGAGAGACGACGAGCCGCGCGUGAUCCCGGAACCGCUUCGCAUCAACGUCUCUUGGCGGACGGGCACCGCCCUCAUUGCCGUGUUUUUCACCGUGUUCUUGGUGGUGGUCGUCCUGCGCGGCACCCUCACCGCCCCGCCGCUCCUCUACCGCCUCUUUGCCAACAUGUGCCUUGCGGGCACCAUCAUCUUUGGCGGCGGCCCCGUCGUGAUCCCGCUGCUGCGCGAGUACGUGGUCGCCGAGGGCUGGGUCAGCCAGCGGGACUUUCUGGUCGGCCUCGCCAUUAUACAGGCGAUGCCGGGGCCCAAUUUCAAUUUUGCCGUGUUUCUCGGCAGCUUGACGGCGAUCAAUGCCGGGUACAGCUCGGUCCUGGGCGCCUUCGUUGCGUGGCUGGGCAUUUUUGCCCCCGGCAUGAUACUCGUGCACGGGACCAUGGGUGUCUGGAGCGCGAUUCGCAACCGGCGCAUUGUCAAGGCCAUACUGCGCGGCGUCAAUGCCGGGGCGGUCGGUCUCAUCUACACGGCCGUGUACCGCAUUUGGCAGGCAGGCUACUUGAAUCAGUCAGCCCAGCAGGGCGAGAGUCUUGGGGACGACCCCUGGUGGCUGGUGGUGGCGGCAACGAGCUUUGUGUUUGGACGCUGGUACGGACUGAGUCCGCCGGUGACGAUUCUCGCGGGUGCUGUGAUGGGUCUGAUCUGGUACGGUGUUGUGUCGCGAUGA